AUGCAAUCAGAACACUUUCUUGAGAGCUGGGUCACCAGCAGCAACGAUGACGAAUGCACACUAAUUGUACGCUCUCCUGGAGCCGUAUUCUAUCUCCAAUGGAUACCCUCGGAAUUGGCAAGGGCGCCGCCUCUUCUCGCGGAUUAUUUGAAGUCACUUGAGAUUUUGAAGCUGACUCACGACGACGACACCAAUGACGAUAAUUAUCAAGAGAGAGAAGCAGAGGCAGAAAAGCUCAAACGCCCAUUCAACAAAACUAUUUCGUCUCUCGCCCCAAACCCACCGUUUCCCCCAUUCACACUGCAUCAUUGGCUUAAUCCGGAAUGGUUCCUCCUUAUUGCCACUGUCGUGGAGAACAAAAUCAAGCCAAGAAGAGAGCACGAAAAUCCAUAUAUGCUACCUGGAGAACCUCGGCAUUCAUCAUUUUUAAAAAAGUUCGAAUUGGAUACGUGGGUACCAAAUUGGUAUUCAUCGCACGAAGUUCAAAUUAUGCCAUCGGCAGAAAGCAGCCCCCUUCUCUCUACUCCGACCAAAGUGCUGGUUCAAGGCAACCUCUGUCACUUCAAAAAUAUCCAACGCGGCUCUCCAGCACCAUUUCGUGAACUUAAAGCACACCGUGAAAUUUUAAAAGCUUUAGCAAAAGGUCUUAUUCCAGCGGAUUUACGAAUUUGUCGCCUCCAUGGUCUGGUGUACGAUAAAUUUGACGACUACGAACGCAUGGUUGGACUGCUAUUAUUACACGUUAAAACCAAAAUCAGCCACGCGCCCAGUACUUUGAGGAACUUUGCCAGGUCAGCCAACCAAAAAACCCGUCAACGUUGGUCCGGAGAGCUGGCAACACUUGUUCACACUCUUCACCAUGCUGGGUUACAAUGGGGAGAUGUCAAACCGGACAAUAUUUUGGUUGACGAAGAUGAUAAUUUAUGGUUGAUUGACUUUGACGGCGGUUACACACCCCCUUGGGUCAGUCGCGAGAAUUGUGGAAAGUUGGAAGGUGAUAUUGAGGGAUUGAAGAAUAUUCAGGAGUGGCUUCUCAACAUGAUCGACAAAUCCUGCGGUUAG